UUAUUUUUAUCGCUGCAGGACAACUGUUCCAGUGUCAUCACUCCACUAUUUGAAAGAGAUUACCUCUCACCAAUGUACGCUCUGGAAUUUACCUUCGGCUUCAGCGGAAACCUGGUGGUGAUUCUAGGUUAUCUCUUUUGCCUCCGUGCUUGGAAAUCCACAAAUGUGUACUUGUUCAACCUUUCUGUGUCUGACCUCAUCUUCUUGUGCACUUUACCCGAGCUGUCCUAUAGCUACGCUCACAACUUAAAAAAACUCAGUUCUGCACUAUGCCUGACUAAUCGCUACAUCCUCAACGUGAACAUGUACUCCAGCAUCCUGUUCAUGAUGUGGAUAAGUGUGGACCGGUUCUUGUUGAUGUGUCACCCUCAGCGAGACCACAUCCUGUUGACUCUUAAAGCCUCACUGUGCAUCACCAUAUUGAACUGGAUUUGGGUGAAUGCUCAAAUCUUUCCCCUCUUUAUUUUCAUAAUCCAGGACUCUGAGCCAAUUAGCUGGACAGUGUGCCAUGAUUUUGCAAACCUGGGAGAAGCCAGAGUUACUCUGAUCUACACCGUAGUGCUCACUAUAACUGGAUAUGUGAUGCCGCUGGUGGCUUUGUUUUUUUCAUCACAAAGGAUGGUUUCUGCACUCGUGAAAAGAGAGGAGAUGCAUGGAACAUCCUACCAAAGGCCAGUCAGAAUAUUGAGAAUUGCAGCAAAAAUGUUUCUGGUGCUCUACACACCCGUCCAUGUAUUGAGGAUUGUGCAUCUUAUAUCACGGCUUCCUGAAUUAAAUUUGUCAGUCUGUCUUAUGGACGACAUCAAUGCGGUUUAUACAGUGACGCGCCCAAUUGCAUAUGCUCACAGUGUCAUCAACCCUGCGUUUUACUUCCUGAUGACCGACUGCUUUAGAAAAGCCCUGCAGGACAAGUGGAGGAAGCUUAAAAGGAUGAUAAUGACUUUGACGUAA